UAUUUCUCACUUCCUCCGCCCAAACAAAAUUUGAGAACAAAAAAUAAUACCAAAGAAAAACAAAUCUCGUUCGUUUUCUUCAUUGUACUGCUACAAACACCAACAAAAAAAAUCUCCUCCUCAAUCUCUCUCAGCCUCUUACGCCCAACAUCUCUCACACCUUUCUCACGUUCGGGUCUCCGGCCUCUCUCACGUAUGGGUCUUGCACGAAGUAGUGAUUUUGUCAUCCAUUGUUUCAAUUUGUUUGAUAGAAGAGAUGGUUUGUUGUUUAUAUUUUUUUGACCCUCUCUGUUUUUGCAUAUCUUUAUUUUUCUCCAUCUCUCACCCUCACCCCCUUCUCGUUGACGAAUACCAAGUAAAAAUGUUUCUCUUUAUCUCCUUUGCCAAUGACAAUAUGUAUACAUAUUUUCUUAUAUUUUUCUACUGAAUUUUGGCCUAGGUCCAAUUGUGGAAUAUGAGAUUGAUUUUUAUUUUUUAGUUAGGAUUGAUUCAUGAUUUAAUAAUUUCUGGGCUUGCAUUUGAAGGAAACAUAAGAAAAAGAAUUUGGGUUUUCUGGGUUUCCUUUUUAGGGAAAAGAAGAAGAAAAUUUGUGGCUUUAAGUGGUGUACUCAGGUAAUAUAUUUCAUUGUUUUAUUGCUUUUCAAUUUGUUCUUUUAGUUUCUUACUUAAGCAGGUGAAAUCAUUGGUUUUCUGGAUUUUCUUAACUUUUUAUUCUUUCGACCUGGUUGUGUUUGUCAUUUUGAGUGUAAAAGACAUCAGUGUGAAGAGUAAGCUUAUGACUUUGUGGGUAACGGAGUUUUGACAUUCUUAAGUCAUCUAUCUGAGCUCUUUUGAUUAAAUUUUUCCAUGGUAGAGAUGACUUGUUCCAUGGUAAGGAUGAAGGAUGAAUAGUAUUGCUAGCGAUGGGGAAGUUAGAGAAAAUGGAGCUGGAAAGAGUGGAAGUAUUCAAUUCAGUAGUAUAUAAUAAACGUGCGUUGGUAGAAUUGAAGAGUAUAUUAUAGCAUGAUUCAUUCUGUAUGUCUACGUUUGGGGCUCUAGGCUUAUAAAGAGCACAAAAAGAAUUUGGGAAAGAAGUCAAGAUUGGGCCACAUUAUCAUCGUUCUAUGUCAUUAACUGAAGUUCAGGCAUCUAAUAACCACCAGGAUCCUAUCUCUCUUUUUAAGAUUGAGACUGUCAGUUCAGGGGACUUAAGAUACCAUUCUUCUAAUGAUGAUAACGUCGUUCACCAUGUUAGAGGUUAUGGUGCCAUUUUUCGAGCAAAUGUCUUACGAGAUGUUGAUAAUAAAGAGGAUGGGGAUUUAGCUUACCAAGUGAACGAAGAUUUCUUUCCAGGUCUUUAUCGUUAUUUAAAGGACAGGAAAGGAAAUAACAAUUUUGUCUUUUGGGGGCGAGCUGAGUUUAUACGGUGCCUCAUGGAGUGGACUGAACAGGUGUUGCUCCACCACCAAAGUGUUUUGAACAAAGUUGGGAUUUAUGGUGCCAUUUAUGUGUCCAGGUACCCUUUCUUAUGGGUUUUUCAUGUUUGGAGAGCUUUUUUAGAACUUUGGGGUCCUUUGUCUAAUACCUUCCAUCAUAGUAGUGGUGAGAUGGGUAUUUCUUUGUAUGACUUGAAGGUUAUUGGUGGUUUGCCCAUUUUAGGAGUUCCUUAUGAAGAGUUCAUCCCUCUUAAUGAAAAGUUGGUGAGUGGUGAUCCAUAUUGUUCCACUACUACGGAGCUUUUAAGAAUCCAUGCCCAAAUAUGUGAUUACUUAAAAAACAAAGGUGCAUAUAGUCAUUCUAAGGGUAUGAGUGUAUCCUGGAAGCAAUGGAUUGAAUUUUUUUACCGAGGGACAAUUAUCUUUGAAGGGGUAAAAACGAACUCAACUGUUAAGACCUUCAGAAAAUUUAGCCAGCAGAACAUUGGUGAAGUUUAUGAUCUUCGUUCUAUCCCCUUGAAUGUAUCGAAGGAGGGUGGUCUUGCAGCAUUCUUGUCUUUAUGGCUAAGCCACUUUGUUUUUCCUACCCCGAGCCAGAACAUUAGACUUGAAUCAUUUUAUAUGGCUUCAGUAAUGGCACAUGGAGUCAGAGUUUCACUUGCACCUUCUGUCUUGGGCUAUAUAUAUCGUGCUUUAUAUAAUUCUGCAUUGCAUUGUCAAGAACGAGGUGAAGGUUUUUUACUUGUGCAUUAUGUGUUGGGGUGGUUAGCUGAUCACUUUCGUGAUCUUUAUCGUGGUUGGGAUCUUACUCCCGGUUUACCUCAUCUGAGUAAAUAUGCUGGGGUUCCUGCUAGAUACCAAACUUUGAAUAAGGCUAGACAUAUUUUGAGGGGGGAGGAUUAUGUUAUUCACUGACCAUAUUAUUUCCCUUCGAAGAAGAUCAUGACUGUUUGGAUAAUGAAGAUUUGUCUGAUGAAAAUUUUGAAUUUUUAAUGUCAAUGCGCUCUGCUUUGUUACUUGUGAGAUUUGGCAGUGAUAUAUAUAUAUAUAUGGAGCCUUAUUAUCCUAACAGAUUUGCUCGCCAAUUUGGUUUUGACCAAGGUGUUCCCUCAAAGAACUCUUGCUUGAGUGUCCCUAGGAGGACGCAAUGUGGAAUAGAAGAUAUCGCCAAAGCUUGGGUUUUGAUUUUAAGGAGGAAUACCAACAUUUUCUUUCAUAUACCUAAGAUUACUCGUAUAUGUCAAUGUACAUGGUGGUAUUGUCGUUGGUGGGUGAGGAGUAGCCUUCCGUACUUAGGGAGAUCUGUCAAGAAGAUUCAUACAGAAUUAAAACAACCCUACGAAGAGGACGAGUAGAAGUAUGUAAUCCAGGACAUCUGCGAAAUUUACUCCACCCUUGAUGAUGUUUUUGUGAAACAUACUUCUCAGACUGAUGACUUCGCCAAUGCUAGUUAUGCUGACAGAGAAUCAGAUAGUGACGAUACUUUAGAUCCAUAUAUCAAAAGAGUAAAGCAUGCAAAGCAUGAUGAGCGUAGUCAUAAUGAAAGUGUUUCGUUCCCAGUUACUCAGGAUUUAGAGAUCAUGCCAUCUGAUGGUUGCUUUGACACCUCUAGCUCCAGAGUUGAGGAACUUAUUGACUUUGAUGGGUCUGAUGAUCAUGUUGAUAUUGGGAUUGAUGAUGGGGUGUCACCUGGAGAUGCUAUUUCAGCAGAACCAAUUGUUUAACAAGAGCUCGUUGUUCCACCAGAUCCACUUAUUCCUCAUCCAACUAUUCCUCUGCCAGGUCCGGUACCGACAAUGCCAGCUUCAACAAUCACCAACUCCCAUUUAAAUGAGUAUACCAGAAGGUUUGUGAUUGAUAUCAUGAAAGACAUUCUCUGUUUGUUAUCUUCUCCUUUGCUACCAGAUGAUAUUUCGUGACAUCGUGCUGAAAUGAACACAAAAAUUGACAUAUUGAGUACCAUUUGUGAGAAGUCUAAAUGUAACUUAGCAGAGAUUACAUGGUUUAUUGACUCUGUCAAUGAUUCGUUCGAGGUAAAAGAAAAAUCUACCGCUUCUACCCAAAUUAUUGAAAGUGCCCUUAACCUUGAUGAAUCUCUUAUCCAUGACCUUCUUCGUCGUGAUGAAGAUAAUUCGGCAGCUAUGAAUCGUGUGUCUAUGUCCGUCUCCAACAAGAGAAAGGCCUUUGAAGAUUUUAAAACAGAGGAGGCAGAGAUUAUUGCAACAGAACUGGCCAUACAACAACGACGAGCUAAGUUUGAAGCUGAAAAAGCAUCGUUUGAAGAUCUUUUUAGUCUUAAUGACUCUUUGAAGAAACAUCAACAUCUUGCUGAGGAGAUAAGUCAAUCAAAGGACCAAGCUGGUGUAGAAAAAUUCUAUGAAGCCGAAAGGGAAAAAACGACACUCAAGGUUCAAGAAGAAGAAUUUCGGAAAAAACUUGGUGCUUUGACUUUAUUUCUCCAGAUGGUCUGAAGAUCUCAUCAUUUUGUUUCUAAAACUUUUAGUUUUAGUUUUAGUUUUUGUUAAUUUUUUUUGUUUAUUAGCCUUGAGGACUAAUAGUAUUUUGUCAUUCAGACCUUUUAGAACUUUGAUUCCUUUGUUGGGAGGAAUAUUUUGUUUUUAUUUUUGUGGCUGCAUCCAAUUUUUGUUUAAAUUGCCUACGUACCCUUUUAAGGGAUCAAGCCAUUCGUAGUUCUUUGCA